AUGACGGUCUCAAUUAAUCUACAGCAUUCAUUAAGUGACCUAGGUCUCGAUUCACAACGAUUUACAAACAAGGAUGACAUAAAACCUUGGUUACAAAACUAUCUAUUGCAAAAGAAAGGGAUUCAUGUUGUAAUUGCAAGAUCAGAUGCAAAUAAGAUUGUAUUUAGAUGUAAGUCAGAUAAAAGCAAAGAGACACCAGAGAAAUUAAGUAUAGGCUCUAGACGCCAAAUCUCAUGCCCAUUCAAGGUUCGAGCCAACUACUCUAUAAGAAACCAUGUGUGGACAUUGGUUGUUAUGAAUGAAAAUCAUGAUCAUGAAUUAGAUAAUUUUGGUUUAAUGCAGCAAAGUAAGCUUGCGUAUUUGUUUAACCACCAUAAAAAUGAUGAAUCUGGACUCCUUUCACUGGGAUCCGAUGAUUCUACGGCAGCAGCAUUAACAACUUCUUCGAAAAGCAAUACAUCUUCGGACGUAUUCAGCUCGUUUAUUCCAUCAACAGAAAUGGUCUCACCAAAUGAAGUACACAAUACCAAUCAUCUAACCCUGUCGAUUGAUGAGUUGAAGGAUACGGUCACGUCUAAACACAAUAGCGAUAGUGAAAAAAUUCUUGGUACCUUUGAGGAGGAACAAAAGAGUAAGAAGAGAAAAGUAUCUAGGGGUCAUAAUGUUAAAAGAAGAAAGACUAAAAGUGAUACUAUCUCAGUCCAUGAUGAAGACCAAGGAUCUCCGCAAGAUAAAUCGGGCAAAGAGGUAGUGAAUGAUCUUAGAGAGCAAGUUAAUUUAUUAAUUUCCAAUACUAUUAUUAACAACCAAAACUUCACCAAUAAGGAAAAGUCAAUGAUGAUUAAAUCGUUUUUUUCUCGCUUUAUUAGUGACUAUAAAGGUAUUAUCAAUACCGUAGCAAAUCAACAGAAAAUGGCACUAAACAGUUGGUUUAACACCCCUAAUACUGCUCAAACUAGCUUGAAUUCGCAUGCAAACACUAAUUUAAUUCCACUAUCUCCCUUAUUAAACGAUACAGAUACAGAGUAUACAAGUGCUACCCCAAAUAACAGCAAUAACCAGUCGAUAGAUAAUUUGACACAUCUUCCAAAUAUGUCGUUGGGAUCAUCUCUAAUAACAAAUAUUGGAGCUUCAGCUAAUAGUAUAGGUCCAUCAAAUUCCAAUGCAAACAAUAAUUACAACAAUUUUAUUGUUCCGCCGCAAAUGCAGUUGCUGCAAAUUCAAAACCAAAAUCAGCAAUUACCUUCAUUCAACACUAUUCAGAACCAGCUUCCCCUUUCACCUACUUCGCUAGCGAAUAACUCCACUGCUUCAUUGUUUGUGAAUAAUUUCAAUACGAACUUAAAUUCAAACUCGUCAUCAUUAAUCCCACCUAUAAACAAUUCCAAUACCAAUACAACCCUCAACCCUUCUCAUCUAUUAAAGUCAUCCAAUAAGAAUAAUGUAUUCAAUAAUAGCAUGAACCUGCCAGCAUCUAGUAACUUACUUAGUCGGAACGAAUACAAACAAAACAGUUCAUUAAACCCAAUUAACAAUAAUAUAGCCCUGUCAAACGCUAUAAGUUUAAAUACAAAUCAAAGUUCUGGGCCAAUAUCUAACAACAAUACACUGAAUAGUUCUACUGUUAAUUAUGGUGGUUUAUCAUCGCCGAAUAAUAAUAUCAUUAAUCCAAAUCUCCAUAAUAAUUCAACCAACGGAGCAUUUUACAACAAAGAAAUAGUCUCUGGAAACACAAGUAAUAUUCCACAAAAUUCUACAACAUCGAAUACUUCUGGUGCUCUUAAUCAUAUUGCAAGCUUGAAUGAUAAUGGAUGGUAG